AUGUGCUUCGUACGGCCGUUCUCGUACCGGUACCAGUUCGUCAGAAUGCCUCCCAUCAAGAGGAUAAGUGUUUUAGCGUUGAUUUUAACCAGUGUGGUAGUCGUGCUGGCACAGCUGGAAAAUGUGGAAAAUUCAUCCCGGGGCUGUGCUUCCUCGCAUGAGCAGUGCCUUCCACGGAUACUCUGUGCACAAGACGGACCACGUGUAAAGCGGACCGUGACCCUCUGCACAACUCCUGAUGGCGUGGAAGGUAUUUGCUGUCGACCGGUGGCGCAAGAGACGUCGGAACGAGUGAAGCGCUCACUGCAGCAUCAAAUUCCCGAUCAGCUGCUAACCAACGCGGUCCGGAAAGGGCAUCGGGUGUACGCACGGAAGAUGGUACAGAUCGAAAAGAAUCUCGACAACAAGAACAGGAAGCCAAAAAUGACCGAAGCGUCGCUUGUGCACCGAUUCCACGGUUCACCAUUUAUACCGCGAGAGAAGGAAGACGCCAUUCAGGAUCAGCAUGAAGCGUAUGAGGAUGUAUUUGUAGUGCGCUCCCUGGUCGAGGCACUGAACCUAACCAAAGAAGCGCCCGAGCUACAAGAUGGCAUCGAUGUCGAAGAUGGAAAGAAGCUGCACAAACGGUGCAUUCCACCGAAACCUUGCGAUCCUUCUGCCAGAUAUCGGUCCAUCGAUGGUAGCUGCAACAAUCCGAUUCCGGAGCGCAGCAGUUGGGGUGCUGCAGGACAUCCGUUCGUGCGAUUGCUACCGCCGGCUUACGAAGAUGGCGUUUGGGCUCCACGGUUGCAUUCGGCCGUCACCGGACGGUUGCUGCCUAAUGCAAGAGACAUCUCGGUGGUCGUCUUUCCGGACGAUGAUCGACCGGAUCCCAAGUUUAAUCUACUGCUGAUGCAGUUCGGACAGUUCAUGUCACACGAUUUUACGCGCAGUGCCAGUGUACGGAAGGGUAACGAAGAGAUACAAUGCUGCUUGCCGGAUCAUUCGGGCCCAAUACAUUGGGAGCAGGCUCAUUUCGCCUGUCUGCCCAUUACGGUCAGCCCAAACGAUCCGUUCUACUCCAAGUUCGGUAUACGGUGUCUUAAUUUUGUACGCCUUGCAUUGGUCAGGGAGGGAAAGUGUAAGCUUGGGUAUGGCAAGCAGCUAAACAGGAUCACUCAUUUCAUCGAUGGCUCAACGGUGUACGGAUCGGAUCCGGAAACGGCCGCUUCGUUGCGUACAUUCACCGGUGGUCGUUUGCAAAGUGUCUUUCCGUCCGGCGAGGAGCUGCUGCCCUUCGAGAACCAACAGGGAGCCUGUGAGCCAUGGGCUAGCGCCUGUUUCCGGGCUGGUGAUGAUCGUUCGAACCAGAUCAUCUCCCUCACCGAGGUGCAUGUUCUGUUUUUACGGGAACACAAUCGUAUCGCUGCUCAGUUGGCAAAUAUCAACCAGCACUGGGAUGAUGAGCGCCUGUAUCAGGAGGCGCGCCGCAUCGUGAUUGCAGAAAUACAAAAAAUCUUCUACAACGAUUAUCUCCCGGCGAUCGUUGGUCAUCAUACGGCUCGGCAGUAUGGGUUGCUGGAUAAUUUCGGCCAUGGUCACACGGCACUGUACAGUCCCGAUGUGAAACCGCUGGUGCUCAACGAGCUCACUGGUGCCGCUUUCCGUUUUGGGCAUUCAACCGUCGAUGGAGCUUUCUUAAUCCAGCAUCGUCAUCGUCGCUCGGAACUGGUGCCAAUACAGGACGUUUUUCUCAAUCCCUCCCGUCUGCUAGAACGUUCCUUCUUCGAUGAUCUACUCUACUCACUGAUCGAUCAACCUCUGCAGCAGGUUGACGAUUCGAUCACACACGGUUUAACGAGACUACUGUUUGCUGGUCACCAUCCGUUCGGAUCAGACUUGGCCUCGCUUAACAUCCAGCGUGGACGAGAUCAUGCGCUCCGUCCGUACAACGAUUACCGGGAAUGGGCCGGUUUGCCGCGCAUCACAAGCUUCCACCAGUUCGGACCGGCCGGUGAACGAUUGGCCAGCGUUUAUGAUUCACCGGACGAUGUGGAUCUGUGGGUCGGAGGACUGCUGGAACCACCGGCACCUGGUGGUGCCCUGGUAGGUGCCACAUUUGCUACCAUUCUCAGCGAACAGUUUGCUCGGCUUAAGUAUGGAGAUCGUUAUUACUAUACGAAUGGCCCGGAACACAAUCCGGGACACUUUACGGUGGAUCAACUGCAAGAGAUUGGCAAGGCAUCACUCGCCACCGUUAUUUGUGCCAACAUCGAUCAUCCGGAGGCGUUUUCCGUUCCCCAGAAUGUGUUUCUCCAUCCGAGCGAACACAAAAAUCCACCCGUACCGUGCCAUUCGUUGCCGGCAAUCCAAUUAAGUGCCUGGCGUGGCCAUUAG